GCGUUGUCGUUGGCAGCGUACCCGUCAUCAUGGAGGGGCCCGAGGUGACAUUUCUGUUCCAAUUUGGCAGCAUUCGCGAUGCAGUUAGCGUGCCCGUAACCGCCCUCACGCUCAAAUCACUCAAGGAUAUGGCCUGUGAUUUCAUCAACACAAAGAUACCGGAUAGCGGACUCACGUAUCUGUCGGAGCGGAUUCUGCUGUUCGUGCACGACUACAGCACACCCAAUGUGCUGCACAUUAUCAAUUCGGCAGCGGAAGUGGUGGACGAGACCCUCGUGGAAAUUGUAUUGACAGCCAGCCCCAUCCUGUAUCCGACGUCCGAGAUGCCAACUCUGAAGCCGCACAGCCUCAAUGUGCAUUCGUACAAGGGGCCGACAUUCUGUGAUUUCUGCGGUGAAAUGCUGUUCGGCCUGGUGCGUCAGGGCCUCAAAUGCGAUGGCUGCGGCCAGAACUAUCACAAGCGAUGUGUGGUGAAAAUACCGAACAAUUGUAACCGCUCGAAUGACGCCACAUCGAGACGCUCCUUCACCCUGCAGCCGCCACGCAGCCCGUCCGGCAGCUCACAGCAGUCGCUGCUCUCCUCCGCCGAGGAGUCAACGGGCCGGAAUGACUCCAGCAGCUCUCUGAACAUACCCGGAAGACACCAGCGCACCCACUCGUCGGGCAGCCGAAACGGGCUGACUGUGCUCCGCAUCCCGCACACGUUCCAGGUGCACACCUACGGCAUACCGACGGUGUGCCAGCUGUGCAAGAAGCUGCUGAAGGGGCUGUUCAAGCAGGGGCUGCAGUGCCGCGACUGCCAGUACAAUUCGCACAAGAAGUGCAUGGACAAGGUGCCGCUGGACUGCACGGGGGAGGCGCAGCUCAGCCAGCUGCAGCUGCAGGCGGAUAUCGGCGACGGGACGCCGCGCAAGGAGCGGGACAACUUCUUUCGCGAGGAGUUCGACGACAGCGACUUUGAGGACGCGCCCAGUCCGCAGCCGGACUACGGAAAGUACGGCAAAGGGGCGAUGGGUGGCGGCGGCGUCAAUCUGGUGGCAGGCAGACCCAGGGAGCCGCCCAAAGCGCUAACCAACGCCCACAAUUCCCCCCCGGAGCUGGUCAACGGGGGGAUGGGCGACGAUGGCAGCGGCAGUGGCAGCGGCAGCGUGGGCGCUGAGACAAAGUCCAGCGAUGGGCACUCGGAGCAGUCUCAGUCCUCGUCCUCAUCCUCGCCCAGUGCCAACAUACCGCUGAUGCGCAUCGUGCAGUCCGUAAAGCACACGAAGAAGCGCGGGGGCCAGGCCCUGAAGGAGGGGUGGCUGGUCCACUUCACCUCCCUGGACAAGGCGGUCAAGCGCUACUACUGGCGCCUCGACUCCAAGACCGUCACGCUGUUCGUCUCGGAGCAGGGCAGCAAGUACCACAAGGAGCUGCCGCUGGCGGAGCUCCUGUCCAUCGAGACGCAUCGCGAUCCCCGUCCCGACUCCAACUACUGCUUCGAGCUGUGCAUGCCCAGCCUCAGCUACUACGUCGGCCAGGAUCCGCUGGUGGGCGCCAAGGAGGAGCAGGCGGUGCGGCUGCCACCCCCAGACAGCGGCAUCGGCAGCGAUAUUGCCAAGAGCUGGGAGACCGGCAUCCGGCAGGCCUUUAUGCAUGUGAACAACACACAAUGCUGUGAAUCGGAGGAGCAGGUCCAGGACAUGGGCCAGCUCUAUCAGAUCUUUCCCGACGAGGUGCUCGGCUCCGGUCAGUUUGGCGUCGUCUACGGCGGCGUGCACAAGAAGACGAAGCGCGAGGUGGCCAUCAAGGUGAUCGACAAGCUGCGCUUCCCCACCAAACAGGAGGCCCAGCUGAAGAACGAGGUGGCCAUCCUGCAGAACAUCUGCCACUGCGGCGUCGUCAAUCUGGAGCGAAUGUUCGAGACGCCCGAGCGCAUCUUCGUGGUGAUGGAGAAGCUCAAGGGCGACAUGCUCGAGAUGAUACUGUCGCAUACGCGCGGCCGCCUCAGCGAGCGGGUCACCAAAUUUCUCAUCACCCAAAUACUGAUUGCCCUCAAGUACCUGCACUCGCAGAACAUCGUCCACUGCGACCUGAAGCCGGAGAAUGUGCUGCUCUCCUCGGACGCUGAGUUUCCGCAGGUGAAGCUCUGCGACUUUGGCUAUGCCCGGAUCAUUGGCGAGAAGUCCUUCCGGCGCUCGGUGGUGGGCACGCCCGCCUAUCUGGCGCCCGAAGUGCUCCGGAACAAGGGCUACAAUCGAUCGCUGGACAUGUGGAGUGUGGGCGUCAUCAUCUAUGUGAGCCUGAGCGGCACAUUUCCCUUCAACGAGGAGGAGGACAUCAACGAUCAGAUACAGAAUGCCGCCUUCAUGUAUCCCCCCAAUCCCUGGAAAGAGAUCUCCUCCAAUGCCAUUGACCUGAUCAACAACCUGCUGCAGGUGAAGCAGCGAAAGCGCUACACUGUGGACAAGAGCCUGCUGCACUACUGGCUGCAGGACAAGCAAACCUACCGAGACCUACGCACCCUGGAGAGCCAGGUGGGCGGCGGCCGUUAUCUCACCCACGAGGCGGAUGACAUACGCUGGGACUGUGCGGGUGACAUGUGACCUGGUUCCGCGCGUGACCUGUGUGAAUCAGUGAAUUCCAAAUCCACGCCCACGCCCACCCCCAUCCUGACCAACAACACCAACACCACCGAGAGUUAUCCAGCCGCAGGCAACUGUGCUGACUGCCAUCGUCUGUCCGAGAAUUCGCCCAAGGUGGAGGCCAUCAGCGGCAAGGCACUGAAGUGGGUGCGCUUCCAUUUCUGUCGCCACAUCAAAUAGGAGUGGGUGUCCGUGUCCGUGUCCUGGGGCUACAGCAGCAGCAGCUGUUUUAUCUGCAUAAUGCACUUGGAGAAAAUUAUACCCACAAUGCCCAUCUCCAUCGAUAUUUUCAAAAGAUCUUUCCAAUCU